GGUGCGCUGUGUCCAUCAUCGAUCUAUGGAAAGAGCCAAAGAUGUCAGCUCGGUCAUGUGGUCAGCUGUGUCCAAUCACAGCUGAUGUCAUGGGACAUCUACAUUGAUCAUCAGGGCACUGAUGAUCAGUGUGCCCUGAUGAUCAGUGUAGCCACAGCAGUGCCACCUCUCAGUGUCCAUCAGUGCCAGCUGUCAGUGCUCAUCAGUGCCACCUGCCAGUGCCCAUCAGUGCCACAUCAAUGCCACAUAUCAGUGCCUACCAGUGCACAUCAAUGCCACAUAUCAGUGCCCAUCUGAGCUGCCUUUCAGUGUCACCUAUCAGUGCCAGUCAGUGCCACCUAUCAAUGCCAGUCAGUG